GCCCUUUAAAGUUGGCAGAAUCAGGCUGCUUCACACCUAAAAUACCCAUUUUGCAACUGAUUACUAUAGUCAAUACUUUCAGCACUUCUAGUAGUGAGAUUGCGGUUAGUAGCUCUGAAGAGGUUAUUCGUUACAAAGGGAUCCUUUCUUCAGUGCCAACAAAACUGAGAAAUUUAACUAUAUUCAAAAAUCCAUCGCUGGUCACAUACAGCCAACAGACUUGGCUGAAGGAGGGAAGACGAUGCCCUUGGACCAACCGCAGAAGACAGUCCAUAACCCGGCAGGCCAUUCAUCCGCUUUUAAGCCAGACAGUCCUGAUUUUGGAAAGGUUAUUCCAUACACUGGGACAAUCAUUAGUGGUCUUCUUCCUGGAGAACUAGUUGUAAUACAGGGAAGUGUUCCCGAUGAUUCCGACAGGUUCCAGGUAGACUUCCAAUGUGGCAGUAGCACAAAACCUCGUGCUGAUGUGGCCUUUCACUUCAAUCCCCGCUUCAAAAGAUCGGGCUCCAUAAUCUGUAACACUCUGGAAAAAGAAAAAUGGGGUUGGGAGGAGAUCACUUAUCAGAUGCCUUUUCAAAAAGGGAAGCCAUUUAAGAUUGUCUUUAUGGUUUUGAAGGAUAAAUUCCAGGUGUCUGUAAAUGAAAAACAUUUGCUGCUGUACAACCACAGAAUUAACCUGGAAAGAAUAGAUACACUUGGGAUAUAUGGGAAAGUACAGAUUCAGACUAUACAGUUUGUUUCUAAUAAUUCUUUACAAGGCUCUCAGCCAUCAUCUUUAGGAAUAACAAAGAUAAACUCAGAAAAUGGAGAAAUGCCUGAUGGUUCACAACUUGUGGUUCCUUACAUUGCCAGGCUUAAUUCUGCACUUCGUCCUGGACGGACAGUUGCCAUCAAAGGAGAAGUGAAUAAAAACUCAAACAGCUUUGCUGUUAAUCUAAAAUCAAGUGAUUCAAAGGAUAUCGCACUGCAUCUGAAUCCCCGAAUGAAAACAAAUGUUUUCGUGAGAAAUUCCUAUCUUUCUGACAGCUGGGGAGAAGAAGAAAAAGAUGCCACUAAUUUCCCUUUUAGCCCAGGAAUGUACUUUGAGUUGUUAAUUUUCUGUGAUGUUCAUCAGUACAAGGUUGCUGUAAAUGGUGUGCACAUCCUGGAGUACAAGCAUCGAUUUAAACAGCUUGAAAAGAUCAACAUAUUGGAGGUUACUGGAGACAUUCAGUUACUGGACGUGAGGAGCUCGUAGCAUCCUAUUCUUCCCCCCUAUGUUAACCCUCUGUUGCCAUCUACUCAAGUACAAACUGGUAUUGAAUAGCCCAGAUCUUUGUCCCAUUUAUCCAAGUUUCUGUAUUGGUGCUUAACACAAAGUCGAGCCCCAGGAGUCAAAAUCCUAUUAGACUAGAUCUUCCCCAGUUUUCAGUAUCUUGGCAAACUAAAGUCACAUUAUCUACUUCAGUAGGCAUAGAGCUCCUGUUAUAUGAAGAAUUCAAUUACUUUACCUAGCAAUAUAAAUAUUUGCUUUAUAGUAUUAGAAUAACUGCAAAAUAUUUUGUAAAUUAGAACACAGAAUGUUGUACUAUGGAAUGCCAGUAACUAUACAUUCAACAUUGCCUGUUAAGAGCUGGACUGAAAUAUGAUGUGUGUCUCUGAAAAUGGACUGUCAACCUCUUAACGGAUCUAAUCAAAUUCUAAGUAUAUUUUAACCUUUGUUUAUAUGCAAAGUUAAAUGGGAAUUACAUAAGGAAAGAAUGUACUCUAAUUUUAGGGAGAGCACAUCUGCAGUCUCAUUGCUUUACUCUGAUUUUUAUGUUAAUAUAACUUGAAAUUAGUAAUAUUAGACCAGGGUAAACCUGGAAUAAUGCCAUGAUGAAUCAGAACCCUGCUAUAUUAAACUAGCUAAUGUUAGUGUUAGCUCUAUAUCUUGAAAAGGUAUUUCAGCCCCAAACCUAAAACAUCUAACCAAAGCUACCUCACAGCAUGUCAGCUGUAAUUUUUUGAACACAAAACAAAAACCAAAACAACCUCCCUGGGGGCCUAGUGAUUUUAUUUUCUUAUCUAUUGCACUGCAGCACAGAUGCUAUAAGCCACUUUCUUGACUUUCGUAGUCAUGUCAGCUCCUGCUCCUAAGUGGCAUAAGUCAAGCCCAUAGAAAACCCCCUGACCAUUAUGGUGGAAUUCUGUAAUUUUAGCUGAGAUCAAAGUGAAAUAAUGCUGUCCUCUAUUUGACUGAUUUUGCUAGCUCUUAUCUUGUCAAUUUUUGGAGCUGCAGUAUUAUAAAAGAGAUUCUAAAAAAGAGCUCUUAUCUUGCUCAGGAAUAGAAGUAGUUAUAUGUGUGUUUAUUUAAAGGGUGUGGACCCAUGGAUGCUUUGCAUUAAAUCUGAGCUCAGAAGAAAUAUUCAUGUUGAUAGUCACCUACGACCCCAUUGACUAAGGUGCACUAUAAUAUGCUACCUGAAAAACAUUUUGUAAAAUAUACUGAUUAGCAUAUACGUGGACCCCCUGAUGCCAACAUCAUUAACAUGUCCCUGAGGAAGUCUUUAUAUGAUGCAUUUAUAACAGUUUACAAGGAAAAGUCAGUAUUGUCUGUGAUACCAUUUCCCUAGAAUAUAUGUAGGCUAUUAGGUUAAAAAUGGAAGUGUUCUGAUCCAGUAUUUCUAUAACUUCAUGUCCUAUCUAGUUACUUGCUAAUGGUUUUCAGAUGGGGACACUUGGUGUGAGGAAUAAAAUGUGAAAUACAAGUCUUAAAGAAAUAGUCAGUUAUUGCAGUUCAAAUGUAUAACAGAUGCCUUAGGAAUAAAUGAGUUGGCUGCUGUGAAAUUGUAUAAAGCAGAGACGACUUUCCAAAAAUUAAAUCUCAAUUUGUGAGCUAUGACUAAGUAUUUAAUGUUUGUAUUUAAAGUGUAUGAGUUCUAGGUUAUCUUUUGAUAACUAACCCAAUCACUUGCCACAUUAUGCAUAUGCUUCAAGCAGCAUAUGAAACUCUUGUUAAACAUAUUAAUUUAGGGUAUAUCUUUGACUAUGCUUAUAGACCAUUAUUAAUUUAUUUACUGUCAGAGUAUGUCAUUUGGAAGUGAGGAUAAUGAGGAAGAAAAGGUGUGCGAAAAUGAUUUAUUUAAAAGGUGUGGGUUGAUAUUUCAUGAUUAAGUUUUUCUACAGGCUUAGGGUUAGAAGCACCAGGAAGUAGUAAAGUUAGCUUUUAGUAAUAGUACCUUACUAAAAAAUAUCAAUCACAACGGCCAAAAUUCUAGGUAAUUUUAUGAAAUACACUGAAGGAGAGAGGUAUAAGAUACCUCUACCUAGAUAUAACGCUGUCCUCGGGAGCCAAAUCUGACUGUGUUAUAGGUGAAACUGCAUUAUAUCGAACUUGCUUUGAUCCGCCGGAGUGCACAGCUCCCCCCCCACUCCCCCCCGAGCGCUGCUUUACUGUGUUAUAUCGGGGUAGAGGUGUAUUUCAUAUUUUAUUACUGGAGGGGUUUCUAAGUGGUAAAUAUUAAACGGAAUGAUCUAAGAACAGAUAACCUACCCUUUGUUUUCUGCUGCUUAGUGUACUUUAACUGUGAUCACUCCUAUAACCAGGCCCAUUUAAAAGUGCCCAUACUAGACAGUGUUACACUGGUAUGUAAUUUAGGUUUACUUUUCACUGUUAGCUGGAAUGUACUUUUCAUUUAAGACUAAAACAUGCUUCUGUAAACAGCCUCCUCACUAAACAUUUAACCUCAGCCUAAGAAAAGUUGGUUUUUACAGCACUGACAUUGCCUGGCUAUCUGCAGAGCACUAUGUAAAGAUUAUUUUCUAACAGUCCCUGUGUAAGUUUGACUUCCACUCUGUAGUGUAAAUCCUGCAAUGGGAACAAAGUUCUUAUUUUCUAAACUCCUUGAAAGUUGGAUUCUUGUAUAGUCAUCCAUCUCAAGUAUGGUCAAGAGCCUUAAAUGAGUAUUGCUGGCUUCUUCACUUAUUUUCUUCCACAGUUAAAAACAGAACAGGUAACAUCUGCCUCUUCAUCAUUCAUGGAAGAUUCUGAAACCAAGGUACACCUCUACCUCGACAUAACGCUGUCCUUGGGAGCCAAAAAAUCUUACCAUGUUAUAGGUGAAACCGUGUUAUAUCUAACUUGCAUUGAUCCACCAGCGUGUGCACUCCUACCCCCCUGGAGCGCUGCUUAACUACACCUCUACCCCGAUGUAAAACUAGUACAUGUAGACAGAAUGCCUGAUUUUCACACAUGGGUACACACAGUUGUAAGAACCUAAUAAAUCAACAUAACUAGUAACGUGCACAUCCCUGUGGUACAUCAGACUUAAUAGCAUAAUUGUGAUUAUAGUAAUCACUUUUCAAAGCAAAAUUAGUGUUUUCUGUAGCUGUUAAUAACUACUGUUUGAGGUUAUAGGCUGGUAGAUUCAAAUCCCACUGAGCAUAAAGGAUGAGUGUUUUAAACUACUCAGCUAGCUAUUGUGAAGACGACAUCUCACAAAAAUGUAGCUUCUGAAGUCAGGGAUUCUGCUACUAGAAAAUGCUUACUGUUACCAUGACUGACUAAAAAGCUGCAAACUUAACAGGAUAGAAACUAAGUUAAGAAAAGAAAAAAAAAAAAA